GAUAGAUAGAUAGAUAGAUAGAUAGAUAGAUAGAUAGAUAGAUAGAUAGAUAGAUAGAUAGAUAGAUAGAUAGAUUCAUGUGUGUGUGUGUGUGUGUGUGUGCUUAAUCUUGUCCUAUGAUUGGUAUCAUUGUGUGUAACAAUGUGUAAUAUUAAUUGUAAAUAUGGGGUUAGUGGGUUUGUCUGGUGGUUCCUUGAGUGUCAUACACUGAUUCUUAUAUGCUGAUAUAACUGUAAUAAAGUUAAAUACAUGUUUUAUUUCUUUGAGUUUACACAAGAUCAAAUGUUCUCUCUGGAAAGCUUAAAAAAGUCCCCUCAUGUUAAUACUAAAGGGGAAAUUCAUUUUCUCGCUCUCUUUCUCUGUCACUCUAUCUCAUGUUUUUUCCUGUGUUCUCAGCCACAAGCUUAUUUAGCAGUGCAGGUGGUUGCUCUCUCAAACCUGCUUUCCUGUCACAAUGAGGAGCUAUCUCCACAUCGUCACCUUCAUCAUCCUGAAUUUCAUAGCUGACUGCGGAGCUCGGGUCCGUGUGGUUUACAAGUCAAUAGGAGAAACUGCUCAUCUCACAUUGAAAGAACACUGGAAUAUAACAGCAGUCAAAUGGAGGAAGAAUCACAAUCUGAUUGCAACUGUAGAAAACAAAAAUCCGGUUAUUAAGCAUCCAGAAAAAUUUCAUAUACAUGCUUCUGAUAGCUCUUUGUUUAUCCAUAAUUUGACGGUGAGCGACUCUGGAUAUUAUAAAGCUCAAACUGGACAAUGGGAAGAAGACUUAAUCACAUACAAUCUGAUAGUACAAGAGGCCGUCUCAAAACCACUGAUCAAUCUUGAUUAUCAGUCAAACUCCUCGUCUGUUUGCCACAUCUUGGUUAAAUGUUCUGCUGAUGGUGACUCAGUGACGUACGACUGUGAUCCCCACCACUGCACUCUAACAAAUGCCACAUCCACCAGGGCGAACUUAACUGUUAACUACACAGACACGGGGGUGUUGGAAUGCACAGCCAGUAACCGUGUGAGCACAAAAAAGGAAUUAAUACACAUGAAUAAAUCAUGUUCAGAAAAACUGGCAGCACCCUCUGCAUCAGUUAAUUACAUUUUCCUUUCAAUAAUCAUAUGUUGUGCAGUGGUGUUUGCUGUCCUGGUGAUCUGUGUUAUCACAUAUUUUAACAAUUCCAGAAAGAAAGAACAGAAUGCAGGAACAUAUCAAGAUAAUAAGGGUGUAAACACUGUCUACAGUGUGGUGUGCAAGCAACCAAGAACAGAGACUCCAGCAGACAGCAGUGCUGCAGAAAAUGCAGUGACAUCAGUUUAUGAUGUUCCUUCAAACUGUGCCAGGGUAUCCCAGUGUGACAGCGGUGACAAUGUGCAAAAUGAUGACACACAUACAGUUUACUGGAAACUGGGGCAGACACAUGAACAAUGAGACACUCUAUUCCUGAGUCAUUAUUUUCCUUAUUGAGAUAAUAAAACCUGGCCAUAUAUAUAUAUAUAACAAAGCAUUAUGUAGCAGUUAGGGUAUAUUAUCACAUAUAUAUAUUUGCAUAUAUUUUUUACUUUAAAUUAUAGAUGUACAGUAUAUAUUAUUUGUACUAGUUUAUUGUUAUUACUUGUCUGAAUAAAUAAUAUUCUUUUAUUUGAACGUUUAAUGUGUCCACAAGUCACUGGCUUUGACUUCUACUUCUGGGAGUUUUUUAAUUAUUAAUCCAGUUCAGCAUUAAUUAUGGAGGUAAUCAAACAUGCCCUGGUAUUUGUGUGUGCUUAUUUGGCUGUGAGUUUACUGAGUAGAGUGUCUUCUUUCGUUGGACAAACUUUUGUAUAAAAUUAUAAACCUAUCCCUGAUCUCAACUUCAUGCAAAUACAGGUUGUUGAUUUGUUUGAACAGAAUAACAACCUGGUAAUUACAGAAAAAUUCCCAUUGAAAAAUUUGUUUCAGCUGGAGUGACAACAUUGUAAUUAUUCUUGCUUUACGUCAUUGUUCAUUUGAAUAUCUGGAAAAGUUUUCAGUAGAGCGUGACAUGCACUUCCUUGUCUUGUAAAAUAAAACUGUGAAAACACUAGUACACCUGAGUACACAACAGUAUUUCUCAAAGCAGGAUCGGGGGAACCCCAGGGGUUCUUUAUAUGGAAUAUUUAUUUUGUUACAUUGGUGAGCAUUAUAGUAUACAUAAAUGUACAUUGUCAUACACAUAUACAUGAAUAUUUCGACAUAUAUUGAUAUUGAUAUUGUUGUUUUAGCUGUCUAUCACAGUAUUUUGGAGUUGAUGUUGAUGUUAACCUAAUGAACUUAGGUUCAAAGAACAGACUUUCAGCUUUAAUAGGAGGUUAUUUAUAUCAUAUUCAGAUCAACUGUGUAUGAAUUACUGCUCUUUUAAUAUAUGAGCCCUCCUUUUUAAGGAGGUAACUGGUAAUAUAAUGUCAUUGAACGACUAGCUUUCCAGCUGAUUCAUGGCCAGGUGUUUGUUAGUCUAUCAUUAUUUCACUUAAAAGUCCAUAAAUCUUAGUAUGAAGUCCAAAGAACCGUCACUGUCAGUGAAACAAGCCAUCAUUAGACAGAAAAAUCUAAAUAAAACCAAUAUGAGGGCUAGCUAAAUCAACUAAGACAAAAGAAAACUGUGGUAGAUUCUUGUAGAAUUCUUUCUGCAGUCAAGAAAAUCUCCCUUUAGGAGAAAGUCAUGAUUCAGCAGGGUAAACAUAUUGGGUUUACCAGAAGAU